GCCAAAAGCGCGCAGCUGAGGGCACUGAAAGCGCAGAGCGUGGAGGGCGCGGAGCAGAAUAUUGUAGGCUGUGGAGGGACGUAAACACCGAGGGUCGCCGCCCGCCACCUCGUCCACGCCGAGCCAUGCAGCCUCAGGGCUGAGCGGCCCUAUGGCGACCAGGGCACAUGGAGAACUUCCGUAAGGUGCGCUCCGAGGAGGGGCCCGAGGUGAGCGGCGCGGGCGCGGGACCCUUUGCAGACCUGGCGCCCGGUGCCGUGCACAUGCGGGUCAAAGAGGGCAGCAAGAUCCGCAACCUGCUGGCCUUCGCCACUGCCAGCAUGGCGCAGCCGGCCACGCGCGCCAUCGUCUUCAGCGGCUGCGGCCGGGCCGCCACCAAGACUGUCACGUGCGCGGAGAUACUGAAGCGCCGCCUGGCAGGGCUGCACCAGGUUACGCGGCUGCGCUACCGGAGCGUGCGCGAGGUGUGGCAGAGCCUGCCCCCGGGGCCCGACCACCCACCCGCCAGCCUCAGUGUCCUCAAGAACGUGCCUGGCCUCGCCAUCCUGCUGUCCAAGGAUGCUCUGGACCCUUGCCAGCUUGGUUAUCAGCCCCCGGGUCCCCGCCCCAGCCUGCCAUCCCUACCCGCCGCGCCGACGGCCAAGAGGGGUCCCGGGGAGUCCGCGGCUGAAGGGAGCGCCUCGAAGAGGUCACAGCCCGAGCCGAGGCCUGGAGACGAGGACCGAACGGCCUGAACUCCCUGAGCCACCUGGGCCACUGGAUUUUCAGCACCUCCACCUUCAGAAACAUUUCCAAUUUCCACAACUCGGUCCUCAAGCGCCCACAUCCUGGACACAGCACCUCAGACCGGCAGCAUGAACCCCAAAUGACUAGAGAGGGGACCCGGGAGUGGCAGAAGAGGAUCCUGACCUGCCCAGGGAGGCUUGGUGGAAGGUUCACCCAAGGGGUGGAGCUCCACCUUUGGCUUUACUGAACCAUCUUGGGUCCUUCCUAGGGAGGGAAUGGUAGGCAGGGGACUUGUUUGGGACUUUGUGGCUUAAAAACAUACAGCUUCGUGGAGGGGACCAGCCCAGAAGAGCUCUUGGAAUCGCUCUCGCGCUGCCAGAAGAGUUCACAGGCCUAGAAACUGACUGCUUGAGGGUAGAGGAAUCAGAUGUUGAGCCUGUCUGUGUUCUGCACCGUUCUCUGGGACCAGUUCCCUUUUUACUUUCAUCCUGUUACAGUAUUCCCUUCCCCAGGUUGUCCUAGAGGGAGAGACCUAGGGUGGAACUUUCCCUGACCCCACAGCUGGAAU